CCGCGGAGCUGGAGCUGCUGCCCCCCGGCUCCCAUGCGAGCCACGGCCCAAUGGACGCGAUCCCGAGCGCCGGCAUCAAGAGGAAGUUCGAGGAUGCGGACGCGGGCUCGGCGGGCUCCAACUCGGACGACGAAAUCUCCAACAGCGACAGCGCCGACAGCUGCGACAGCGUCAACCCCUGCAGCUCCAGCGCCUUCCGACCCACGUCCAUCCUGAAGCGGCAGAAGCAGCUGGGCAGGAAGAACGUGCGCUUCGACCAGGUCACCGUGUACUACUUCGCACGGCGCCAGGGCUUCACCAGCGUCCCCAGCCAGGGCGGCAGCUCCCUGGGCAUGGCCCCGCGCCACACCUCGGUGCGCAGCUACACCCUGUGCGAGUUCGCGCAGGAGCAGGAGGUGAACCACCGCCAGAUCCUGCGCGAGCACCUCAGGGAGGAGAAGCUCCACGCCAAGAAGAUGAAGCUCACCAAGAACGGGACCGUGGAGUCGGAGGAGGCCGAGGGGCUCACGCUGGAGGACGUCUCUGACGACGACAUCGACGUGGAGAACGUGGAGGUGGACGAUUACUUCUUCCUGCAGCCGCUGCCCACCAAGCGGCGCCGGGCGCUGCUGCGCGCCUCCGGCGUGCACCGCAUCGACGCCGAGGAGAAGCAGGAGCUGCGCGCGAUCCGGCUCUCCCGGGAGGAGUGCGGCUGCGACUGCCGCCUCUACUGCGACCCCGAGGCCUGCGCCUGCAGCCAGGCCGGGAUCAAGUGCCAGGUGGAUCGCAUGUCCUUCCCGUGCGGCUGCUCCCGGGACGGCUGCGGGAACAUGGCCGGGCGCAUCGAGUUCAACCCCAUCCGCGUGCGGACUCACUACCUCCACACCAUCAUGAAGCUGGAGCUGGAGAACAAGCGCCAGGGCGGGGGGCGGCCCCCGGUGCCCGAGGAGGCCGCGUCCGGUGCCGCUCACGGCUGCAGCGGCGCGUGGCCGGGGCCGCAGCCCGGUGAGACCCAGGACUUCCAGGAGUUCAUGGCAGAGAACGAGUCGGCCGUGAUGCACCUGCAGACGGCCGAGGAGCUGGAGAGGCUGAAGGCUGAGGAAGACUCCAGCAGCGGCCCCGGUGUCGAGAGCUUGGGGGUCUGCAUCGUGGAGGAGCCGCUGGCGGUGCCGCAGGGGCUCUGCCCCGCUCUGGCCGCCCCCAUCCUCAUCCAAGCCCAGUUACCCCCGGGCUCGUCCGUCCUCUGCUUCGCCGAGGGCUCGGAGCCGGCGGCCGCGGGCGAGCAGCCCUACUUGAACGAUGGCUCCGUGCUCUACUACCCAAUGGAGCCCAGGCCGGGCCCCAGGGGCGAUGCUGCCCCCCCCGAGCCCCCAGCACCGUCCUGCGUGGCCGAGAAGGAGCCCAGCGCCUUGCCUGGGGCCGGGGCUGCUCCCAGCCGAGCCGCCAGCAAGGGGGAAGCAGCCAAAGCCCCUCCAUCCGCAGCCGGGGCUGCAGCAUCCGCCGGGAGCUCGGUGCCAGCGGAGCCGGUGCCGGAGCCGGUGUGAGCCAGGGCCCCCCUCGGUGCUCCGUUAUUUAUUGACAAUAAGAUUUUAUGGACCAGCAGCGGCCACUGGUGGUU